CGAUCAGUUCGUUUUGUUGUCAUCAGCCACAUUUAUGCUAAGUUGUUUUUACCAGAUUUUUAGUGGAACAUUUUAGUUUGUAUUCUUCCAUUUAGCUUCGAUUUCAUGACCAAAGAUGCCAAGGAUGGUACCGACCAUUUUCUCGAAAUUUCCUAACGAAUAGAUCGAGUGAAAGUUGCCGUUGUGUCCUACACUCGACAUUGAGGUAGCGACAUUUAUUAAAUGGUGAUUACCAGUGUCAUGGAGAGGAGAAUCAAAUUGAAAACAUUAAACAGUCAUAUAACGUGCAAGAUAUGCAGAGGAUACUUGAUAGAUGCCACCACUGUUACGGAAUGUUUGCACACGUUUUGCAAAAGUUGUUUAGUCAAACAUUUAGAAGAAAAGCACACCUGUCCAACAUGUCAAAUAGUUAUACACCAGUCGCAUCCCCUUCAAUAUAUAAGUUUCGACAGAACUAUGCAAGAUAUCGUCUACAAAUUAGUUCCUGAUCUUCAAGAAAAUGAAAUUAAAAGAGAAAGAGAAUUUUAUAGAGCAAGAGGUUUACCUUGCCCCAAAGAUGUCCUACCUAACGCAGGAGAAGUUGAAGAAGAAAAAGCAAAUACGGAUGCGCACGCGGAAUCGGACUACCAUCGCGCGGAUGAACAGGUUAACGUGUGUUUGGAAUGUAUGAACACGAGCCUGAAGACUUUAAAGCGAAGAUUUAUCAGAUGCUCUGCUCAGGCGACUAUCACACAUUUGAAAAAGUUUAUCGCGAAAAAGGUGUUAAAUGGAAUGGAGAAAUAUCGGGAUAUUGAUAUUUUGUGCAAUGACGAACUGUUAGGUAAGGACCACACGUUAAAAUUUGUUUACGUGACAAGAUGGAGGUUCCGGGACCCACCCUUAAGGCUACAGUAUAGACCACGAAUAGACAUUUAAGACUAAUAUUUUUGUGUUCAAUAUCCGAUGGAAAUCGCAACAAAUCUGUACCUUUAUACGUUUCGUAGUUCUAUCCGUGUAUUAUCCGUCUUAGUACUUAUUUCUGUAAUCCUGCACAGUAAGAAUUCGAGAUUGAAUUUCCAUACGGAGAUGAUUCGCAUCUUUCUACCGUAUUAACUUAAUCAGAAUACCGAUAGUCGUUAGCAACAUGUUUUUAAAAGUAGAAGUUCCAUUGUCUUAGAUUUCAUUUACUUCGUAAUAUUACAUUGAGUUACAUUAACUCGGUUAUUUAAGUUUUAUCUCAUUAGGUCUGUUUAAGAUACAUUUGUAAGUAGACCAAUACCAUGCGAAAUUGUACACGGGAAGAUGAAAACGGUUGUUUUUGUUCGCAAUCUUGCAGAGUUGUAUAUCUAAAUAUUUAGUUCAAAUGUUACGUGUCGUGACUAUGACACGGCACACUUUACGUGUUCUUCUGUAGUUUUUCUAUGAAUGCUUGGACAUUCUAUGUUCUGAGAUACAAAAAUGACGGACAAUGUCUGUCGAGCUGAAGAUUUGUUACUUUUCCGUGCACGAUAAACGGAACAAUUCUUCAUAAUCUUAAGAGGUGACUUUCUUUUUAUACGUACCCUAAUUGUAUAUAGAAUAUUUUUUGACAGAAUUCUGAUAAUAUUGCGCGUAGACGCAGCUUUGUAUUAGAAAAAGGAAGAAGAUGAAGAAGAAGAAGAGAAACGAAGCUGGUACCGGACGGGACAGUUCGGGGCCCCUUUAACUUUGUAUGUUUAUGCGCUGUACACAUUCUAACUCAGCCCCGAGUUUCUCUCAAUGCCGAACAAUAACAGAAUUUUAUCAGAUGUGACAUAUUUUCUCGAGAGAUUUGAUAAGAACAACGACGCGUUAAGCGAAACACGGGGCACCUUAAUCGCUUGUAGUAAAUGAAAUUUAAACGGACAGUGUAAAGUAAAAAAACCGUGUGAUUGUAUAUAAAUAUUCUAGGGAAAAGAAAUGAAAUGAAAUCGACUUUAUAAAGUAGCGGCAUUUUAUGAAUGCUAGGGCUUGUAUGUUGUACACUAUGUGUGUAUCUUCAUAAAUUAUUAAAUAAAUAUGUUUUGUACAGUA